GCGUCAUGGCGGACCCCGGCUUGGGCGUGCGGGCCUCCUUGCUGCAGCUGCAAACGUCCUUGUCCGCAGCGGAUCGAUGCGGCGCCGCGACGGCCAGCUGUCAGCUGAUCCGAGGCCUGGGGCAGGAGUGCGUGCUGAGCGUCGGCCCCGCGGCGCUGGCAUUACAGACUUCCUUAGUGUUUUCCAAGGAUUUUGGUUUGCUUGUAUUUGUUCAGAAGUCACUUAGCAUUUAUGAAUUUCGUGAUUGUAGAGAAGAAGUCUUAAAAUUUUUAUGUAUUUUCUUAGAAAAAAUUGGCCAGAAGAUCACACCUUAUUCUCUUGAUAUUAAGAAUACCUGUACCAGUGUUUACACAAAAGAUAAAGCUGCUAAAUGUAAAAUUCCAGCUCUGGAGCUCCUUAUUAAGUUACUUCAGACUUUGAGGAGUUCUAGACUCAUGGAUCAAUUUAGAGUUGGAGAAUUAUUUAGCAAAUUCUAUGGAGAACUUGCAUUGAAAACAAAAAUACCAGAUACAGUUUUAGAAAAAAUAUAUGAACUCCUAGGAGUAUUAGGUGAAGUUCAUCCUAGUGAGAUGAUAAAUAAUUCAGAAAAUCUGUUCCGGGCUUUUCUGGGAGAACUUAAGACCCAGAUGACAUCAACAGUAAGAGAGCCCAAACUACUUGUUGUGGCAGGAUGUCUAAAGGGAUUGUCUUCACUUAUGUGUAACUUCACAAAAACCAUGGAAGAGGAUGCCCAGAUGUCAAGGGAGAUUUUUGAUUUUGCGUUAAAGGCAAUUCGUCCUCAGAUUGAUCUGAAGAGAUAUGCAGUACCCUUAGCUGGCUUACGCUUACUUACCCUGCAUGCAUCACAAUUUAGCACCUGUCUUCUGGACAACUAUAUUUCUUUAUUUGAAGUAAUGUCAAAAUGGUGUAGCCAUACAAAUAUGGAAUUGAAAAGAACUGCACUUUCAGCCCUGGAAUCUUUUCUGAAACAGGUUUCUUUUAUGGUGGGAAAAGAUGCAGAAACACAUAAGAAAAAGCUGCAGUACUUUAUGGAGCAAUUUUAUGCAAUCAUCAGGAACAUGGAUUCAAACAGCAAGGAUUUAUCCAUUGCUAUCCGUGGAUAUGGACUUUUUGCAGGACCUUGCAAGGUUAUAAAUGCAAAAGAUGUUGACAUCAUGUAUGUAGAGCUCAUUCAGCGCUGCAAGCAGCUGUACCUCACUCAGACAGACACAGUUGAGGACAAUAUGUAUCAGAUGCCAAGUUUCCUCCAGUCCAUUGCAAGUGUCUUGCUUUAUCUUGAUACUGUUCCAGAGGUAUAUACCCCAGUUCUGGAACAUGUCAUGGUGGUACAGAUAGACAGUUUCCCACAGUAUAGUCCAAAAAUGCAGUCAGUGUGUUGUAGAGCCAUCGUGAAAGUUUUCCUUGCUUUAGCAGAAAAAGGACCAGUGCUCUGGAAUUGCAUUAGUACUGUGGUGCAUCAGGGUUUAAUCAGGAUAUGUUCUAAGCCAGUGAUCCUUCAAAAGGGUGCUGAAUCUGAAGAUGAUCGUGCAUCGGGGGAAGUCAGAACUGGCAAAUGGAAAGUGCCCACCUACAAAGACUAUCUGGAUCUUUUUAGAAAUCUCCUGAGCUGUGACCAGAUGAUGGAUUCUUUUUUAGGUGAUGAAACAUUUCUCUUUGUGAGUUCUUCCCUUCAAAAUCUGAAACGUUUGGUGUACAAUGAGUUUGUGAAGUCUAUUUUGAAGAUUGUUGAGAAAUUGGAUCUUACACUAGAAAAACAGAUUGUUGGACAUCAAGAGGAUGAAAAUGAAGCUACUGGUGUUUGGGUGAUUCCGACUUCAGAUCCAGCUGCUAACUUGCAUCCUGUUAAACCUAAAGAUUUCUCAGCUUUCAUUAACCUGGUGGAAUUUUGCAGAGAGAUUCUUCCUGAGAAACAUGUAGAAUUUUUUGAGCCAUGGGUAUAUUCAUUUACAUAUGAUAUAAUUUUACAGUCUACACGGUUGCCACUCAUCAGUGGUUUCUACAAAUUGCUUUCUGUUGCUGUAAGAAAUGCCAAGAAAAUAAAAUACUUUGAGGGAGUUAAUCUACAGAAUCAGAAGCAAUCUCCUAAGGACCCAGAAAAAUAUUCUUGCUUUGCUUUGCUUGCAAAAUUUGGCAAAGAGGUAUCAGUUAAAAUGAAGCAAUACAAAGAUGAACUUUUGGCUUCCUGUUUGAAUUUUAUUCUGACCCUCCCACAUAACAUUAUUGAACUUGAUAUUAAAGCCUACGUUCCUGCUUUGCAGAUGGCUUUUAAACUGGGUCUGAGCUAUACUCCAUUGGCAGAAGUAGGCCUGAAUGCCCUAGAAGAAUGGUCAGUUUAUAUCUGCAAACAUGUAAUUCAGCCCUAUUAUAAAGACAUUCUACCCAGCCUGGAUGGAUAUCUGAAAACUUCAGCUGUAUCAAAUGAGACCAAGAAUAACUUGGAGGUGUCAGCACUUUCUCGGGCUGUCCAGAAGGGAUUUAAUGAAGUUGUGUUAAAACAGCUGAAAAAGACAAAGAACAUUUCAUCAAGUGAAGUACUGUCCUUACAAGAAAUCAGGAUUAGAGUGGUACAGAUGCUUGGCUGCCUAGGAGGACAAAUAAACAAAAAUCUUCUAACAGCUGCAUCCUCAGAUGAAAUGAUGAAGAAGUGUGUGGCAUGGGAUAGAGAAAAAAAGCUCAGCUUUGCAGUACCAUUUAUAGAAAUGAAACCUGUCAUUUACCUAGAUAUUUUCUUGCCUCGAGUGACAGAAUUAGCACUUUCAGGGAGUGACAGACAAACAAAAGUUGCAGCUUGUGAACUUUUGCAUAGCUUGGUUAUGUUCAUGCUGGGAAAAUCUACUCAAAUGCCUGAAGGUGGUCAGGGUUCUCCACCAAUGUACCAGCUCUACAAGCGGACUUUCCCCGUGCUACUUAGACUUGCGUGUGAUGUAGAUCAGGUGACAAGGCAACUAUAUGAGCCACUGGUUAUGCAACUGAUUCAUUGGUUCACUAACAAUAAGAAAUUUGAAAGUCAGGAUACUGUUGCCUUACUAGAAACAAUACUGGAUGGCAUCGUGGACCCUGUUGACAGUACCUUAAGAGAUUUUUGUGGUCGGUGUAUUCGAGAAUUUCUCAAAUGGUCCAUUAAGCAGACUACCCCACAGCAACAGGAAAGAAGUCCAGUAAACACCAAAUCACUUUUCAAGCGAUUGUACAGCUUUGCACUUCACCCCAAUGCUUUUAAGAGGCUAGGAGCAUCACUUGCUUUUAAUAAUAUCUAUAGGGAAUUCAGGGAAGAAGAGUCUCUGGUUGAACAGUUUGUGUUUGAAGCCUUGGUUACAUAUAUGGAAAGUCUGGCCUUAGCACAUGCAGAUGAGAAAUCCUUAGGUACAAUUCAACAAUGUUGUGACACCAUUGACCACCUAAGCCGCAUUAUUGAAAAGAAGCACAUUUCUUUAAACACUGCCAUAAAACGUCGUACGCCACGAGGAUUUCCUUCUGCGGAGCCAUUGUGUUUGCUGAAUCUCGUCCAGUGGCUUUUAGCCCAUUGUGGGAGACCCCAGACAGAAUGUAGACAUAAAUCCAUAGAACUCUUUUAUAAAUUUGUUCCUUUGUUGCCAGGCAAUAAAUCCCCUUCUAUAUGGCUGAAAGAUACUAUCAAGAAAGAAGGUAUUUCCUUUCUUAUAAACACAUUUGAGGGGGGCGGAAGAGUCUGUGAUUGGUCCUCAGGCAUCCUUGCUCAGCCAACUCUCUUACAUUUGCGAGGACCAUUCAGUCUCAGAGCUACCCUGCAGUGGAUGGACAUGCUUCUGGCAGCACUGGAGUGCUACAAUACAUUCAUCAAAGAGAAAACCCUUGAGGCAUCUGAAGUCCUGGGUUCUAAAGCACAGCCUUGUCUUUGGAAUGCUGUAGCUUUCUUUUUAGAAAGCAUUGCCAUGCAUGAUAUUAUGGCAGCAGAGAAAUGUUUUGGCACUGGGGUAACAGGUAAUGUACCCAGCCCAGAAGAAGGAGAAAGGUAUAAUUAUGGCAAGUGCACAAUUGUGGUCCGGAUAAUGGAAUUUGCCACAACGUUGCUCAGUGCCUCUCCAGAAAACUGGAAGCUCCUCGAGAAGGAUUUAUAUAACACAAACCUUAUGACACUCUUGGUGAAAACUGUGUGUGAGCCCUCAAGCAUAGGUUUCAACAUUGGUGAUGUUUCUGUUAUGGAUCAUCUUCCCAAUGUUUGUGUAAACCUGAUGAAAGCACUAAAGAAGUCCCUACACAAAGACUUCCUAGAAAUGCACCUAAAGGAAAAAAUAACAGCAGAGAGCAUUGAGGAAAUUUGUGCCAUUGACCUGUAUGGCCCGGAUGCUCAUAUCGAUAGGGCCAAGCUGGCUUCCAUUGUGUCAGCUUGUAAACAACUUCACAGAGCUGGAUUUUUGCAUGUGGUAAUACCAUCUCAGUCUACAGAUCAGCAUCAUCCUGUUGGCACAAAACUUCUUUCCCUGGUUUAUAAAAGCAUUGUACCUGGAGAUGAACAGUAUUUUCCUUCGCUAGACCCCAGUUGUAAACGAUUGGCCAGUGGACUUCUGGAAUUGGCCUUCGCUUUUGGAGGACUGUGUGACUGCCUUGUGAGUCUUCUGCUGGAUAAAGCAGUGUUGUCCAUGCCGUCCUUGAGAGUGUCCCAUAGAAACAACAUCAGCUUUUCCCAUGGAGAGUACUUUUAUAGUUUAUUCUCAGAAACAAUUAAUGAUGAAUUAUUGAAAAAUGUAGAUUUUGCUGUAUCGGAGCUAAUGAAAUCAUCCACGGAUAAUCCCAAAAUGGUGAGCACUGUUUUGAAUGGCCUGUUAGAUCAGAGCUUCAGGGAACGAGGCAGUCAGAAACACCAAGGACUGAAAAUUGUAACGGCAAUUCUACAAAACUGGAGAAAGUGUGAUUCUUGGUGGGCCAAAGGUUCUACUCCUGAAUGUAAAACAGCAGUGGUGACCUUACUGGCAAAAAUCUUGCAGAUUGAUUCAUCUGUAUCUUUUAAUACAAAUCAUAGCACAUUCCCUGAAGUGUUUGCAACAUUUGUUAGUCUACUUGCUGAUUCAGACUUGGGUCUACAUUUAAAGGGGCAGGCUGUAAUUCUUCUUCCAUUCUUCACUAAUCUCACUGGAGACAGCUUGGAGGAGCUUAGGCAUGUUCUUGAGAAGCUCAUCAUUUCUAAUUUCCCCAUGAAGUCUGAGGAAUUUCCCCCUGGAACUCUGCGGUACAAUAAUUAUGUGGACUGUAUGAAAAAGUUUUUAGAUGCAUUGGAAUUAUCUCAGAGUCCUAUGUUGUUGGAGCUGAUGACAGACAUUCUUUGUCGGGAACAGCAACAUAUUAUGGAAGAAUUAUUUCAAUCCACUUUCAAAAAGAUUGCCAGAAAGAGUUCAUGUGCCACACAAUUAGACCUUCUGGAAAGUGUGUACAGAAUGUUCAGGAGGGAUGACCUACUUUCAAAUAUCACCCGCCAAGCAUUUGUAGAUCGUUGUCUUCUCACUCUGUUGUGUCACUGUAGCCUGAACGCUUUGAGAGAAUUUUUUGGCAAAAUUGUGGUGAAUGCCAUUGAUGAGUUGAAGUCCAGAUUUUUAAAGCUAAGUGAAUCUACCUUUGAUACUCAAAUCACCAAGAAGAUGGGCUAUUAUAAGAUGCUAGAGGUGAUAUAUUCUCGUCUUCCAAAAGAUGAAGUUCACUCUAAGGAAUCUAAAAUUAAUCAAGUUUUCCAUGGCUCAAGUGUUACAGAAGGAAGUGAACUUACAAAGACACUUAUUAAACUGUGCUAUGAUGCAUUUACAGAGAACAUGGCAGGUGAGACUCAGUUGCUGGAGAGGAGAAGACUUUACCAUUGUGCUGCAUACAACUGUGCCAUUUCUGUUAUCUGCUGUGUCUUCAAUGAAUUAAAAUUCUACCAAGGUUUUCUUUUUAGUGAAAAACCAGAAAAGAACUUGUUUAUUUUUGAAAAUCUGAUAGACCUGAAGCGCUGCUAUACAUUUCCUAUAGAAGUUGAGGUUCCUAUGGAAAGAAAGAAAAAAUACAUUGAUAUUAGGAAAGAAGCCAGGGAAGCUACAAAUGCAGAUCCAGACGGUCCUCAUUACAUAUCCUCCUUGUCAACUUUGGCAGACAGUAGUCUGAGUGAAGAAAUGAGCCAAUUUGAUUUUUCAACUGGAGUUCAGAGCUAUUCCUACAGUUCUGAAGACACUAAACCUAGCACUCGCUAUUUUCGGAAACAGGAACAUUCUAAGAACCCCAUGAUGCCAGAUGACAUCCUGGAGUUAGAGAUGGAUGAACUCAAUCAACACGAGUGUAUGGCCACCAUGACUAUGCUGAUUAAGCACAUGCAGAGAAGUCACAUCCUGCCAAAAGGAGAAGAGGGUUCAGUGCCAGGAAAUCUGCCCCUUUGGAUGAAAUUUCUUCAAAACAAAUUAGGAAAUCCGUCAGUAUCAUUAAAUAUCCGUCUCUUCUUAGCCAAGCUUAUUAUUAAUACAGAAGAAGUUUUUCGCCCAUAUGCGAAGUACUGGCUUAGUCCCUUGCUGCAGCUAGUGGUUUCUGAAAACAAUGGCGGUGAAGGAAUUCACUAUAUGGUGGUUGAAAUAGUGGUUACUAUUCUUUCAUGGACAAGUUUAGCUACUCCUAUAGGAGUCCCUAAAGAUGAAGUAUUAGCAAAUCGAUUGCUUCAUUUCUUAAUGAAACAUGUUUUUCAUCAAAAAAGAGCCGUGUUUAAACACAACCUUGAAAUUAUAAAAACCCUUGUUGAAUGCUGGAAGGAUUGUUUAUCUGUUCCUUACAGGCUAAUAUUUGAAAAGUUUUCCAGUAAUGAUUCUAAUUCUAAAGACAACUCUGUAGGAAUACAAUUAUUAGGAAUUAUAAUGGCCAAUAACUUGCCUCCUUAUGAUUCAAAAUGUGGCAUAGAGAGUAUAAAAUACUUUCAAGCUUUGGUCAAUAAUAUGUCCUUGGUGAAAUAUAAAGAGGUUUAUGCAGCAGCAGCAGAAGUUCUAGGACUCAUUCUUCGAUAUGUUACUGAGAGAGAACAUAUACUGCAGGAGUCAGUAAGUGAAAUGGUUGUAAAACAGUUGAAGCAACAUCAGAAUACAAUGGAGGACAAAUUCAUAGUAUGUUUGAAUAAAGCUGUGAAGAACUUCCCUCCUCUUGCUGACAGGUUUAUGAACACUGUGUUCUUCCUGCUGCCAAAAUUUCAUGGCGUGAUGAAGACUCUUUGCCUGGAGGUGGUGCUAUGCCGUGCAGAGGAAACAACAGAUCUGUACCUACAGCUAAAGAGCAAGGAUUUCAUCCAAGUCAUGAAACACAGAGAUGAUGAAAGACAAAAAGUAUGUUUGGAUAUAAUAUAUAAGAUGAUGGCAAAAUUGAAACCAGUAGAACUUCGUGAACUCCUGAAUCCUAUUGUAGAAUUCAUUUCUCACCCCUCUCCUGUGUGCAGGGAGCAAAUGUAUAAUAUCCUUAUGUGGAUCCAUGACAACUACCGAGAUCCAGAAAAUCAAGCAGACGAUGACUCCCAGGAAAUAUUUAAAUUGGCCAAAGAAGUAUUGAUUCAAGGAUUGAUCGAUGAAAACCUGGGGCUUCAAUUAAUCAUUCGAAAUUUCUGGAGUCAUGAAACUAGGUUACCUUCAAAUACCUUGGAGCGAUUGUUGGCACUAAAUUCCCUAUAUUCUCCUAAGAUAGAAAUGCACUUUUUAAGUUUAGCAACAGAUUUUCUGCUUGAAAUGACCAGCAUGAGUCCAGAUUAUUCAAACCUUAUGUUUGAGCAUCCUCUGUCUGAAUGCGAAUUUCAGGAAUAUACUAUUGAUUCUGACUGGCGUUUCCGAAGUACUGUUCUUACUCCAAUGUUUAUUGAGACUCAGGCCUCCCAAAGUACUCCCCAGAUCCGGACCCAAGAGGGAUCCCUCUCAGCUCAAGGGAUAUUGGCUAGACAGAUACGGGCCACUCAACAACAGACUGAUUUCACACCUACACAAAAUGCAGAUGAAAGAAGUUCCUUUAACUGGUUAACUAGGAGCAGUAUUGAUCCACUUGUAGAUUACACGGUCUCCUCAUCAUUUGAUUCCUCAUCUUCCUCCUUGUUGUUUGCCCAUCGGAAGAAUGAAAAGUCACAGAGAACAACCUUGAAAUCAGUGGGACCUGAUUUCGGGAAAAAACGGCUGGGCCUUCCAGGGGAUGAGGUGGAUAAUGAAGCAAAAGGUAUAGACAAUCGGGCAGAAAUACUUAGAUUACGCAGGCGAUUUUUAAAGGACCGAGAAAAACUCAGUUUGAUUUAUGCCAGAAAAGGUCUUGAUGAACAAAAACGAGAGAAGGAGAUCAAGAGUGAAUUAAAAAUGAAGCAUGAUGCACAGGUUAUUUUGUACAGAAGUUACCGUCAAGGAGACCUUCCCGACAUUCAGAUUAAAUACAGCAGUCUGAUCACCCCCUUGCAAGCUGUGGCCCAGAGAGACCCCAUAAUUGCAAAACAACUCUUUGGAAGCUUAUUUUCUGGAAUUGUGAAAGAGAUGGAUAAAUACAAGACCAUGUCUGAAAAAAACAGUAUUACUCAAAAGUUGCUCCAGGACUUCAGUUAUUUUCUUAACACUACUUUUUCUUUCUUCCCCCCUUUUGUUGCUUGUAUCCAGGAAAUCAGUUGCCAACAUGACGGCUUACUGAGCCUGGACCCAGCCUCUGUCAGUGUGGGCUGCCUGGCAAGCCAGCAGCAGCCCGUGGGCAUACGCCUGCUUGAGGAGGCCCUGCUGCGCUUGGUGCCUCAGGAGCCACUUGCCAAGCGAUUUCGGGGGAAACACCACUUCACUCCUGAUGUCGCCAGAUGGAUGGAACUUGCUAAAUUGUAUAGAUCAAUUGGAGAAUAUGAUGUCCUCCAUGGUAUUUUUAGCAACGAAAUAGGAACAAAGCAAAUCACUCAGAAUGCAUUAUUAUCAGAAGCAAGAAGUGAUUAUUCUGAAGCUGCUAAGCAGUAUAAUGAGGCUCUCAACAAACAUGAGUGGAUAGAUGGUGAGCCUACGGAAGCUGAGAAGGAUUUUUGGGAACUUGCAUCCCUUGACUGUUACAACUACCUUGCUGAGUGGAAAUCACUGGCUUACUGUUCUACAGUCAGUGUUGACAGUGAGCACCCUCCAGAUCUAAAUAAAAUGUGGAGCAAAUCAUUUUAUCAAGAGACCUAUUUGCCAUACAUGAUCCGCAGCAAGUUGAAGUUACUGCUCCAAGGAGAGGGUGACCAGUCUUUACUGACGUUUAUUGAUGAAGCUGUGAACAAGGAGCUGCAAAAGGCAAUUAUAGAGCUACAUUACAGUCAGGAAUUGAGUCUCCUUUAUAUCUUACAAGAUGAUGUUGACAGAGCCAAAUAUUACGUUGAAAAUUGCAUUGAAAUUUUCAUGCAGAAUUAUUCUAGUAUUGAUGUCCUCUUACACAAAAGUAGACUCACCAAAUUACAGUCUGUACAAACUUUAAUAGAAAUUCAGGAGUUCAUCAGCUUCAUAGGCAAAGAAGGUAAUUUGUCAUCUCAAGUACCCCUUAAGAGACUUCUAAAUACCUGGACAAACAGAUAUCCAGAUGCUAAAAUGGACCCAAUGAACAUCUGGGAUGACAUCAUUACUAAUAGAUGUUUCUUUCUCAGCAAAAUAGAAGAGAAACUUACUUUUCUUCCAGAUGAUAACAGUAUGAAUGUAGAUGGAGAUGAAGUUUUCAGUGAAAACAUGGAAGUGCAGGAGCAGGGAGAAAGCAUGCAUUUUCUAAUUAAGAGCUGCAAAUUUUCUAUGAAAAUGAAGAUGAUAGAAAGUGCAAGAAAACAGAACAAUUUCUCGCUUGCCAUGAAAAUAUUAAAGGAGCUGCAUAAAGAGUCGAAAACAAGAGAUGACUGGCAAGUGAAAUGGACACAGAGCUAUUGUAGGCUCAGUCACAGCCGGAGCUGGAGCCAGAGCUGUCCUGAGCAAGUUCUCACUGUGCUGAAGACAGUCUCCUUGUUAGGUGAGAACACAUCAGGCUACUUUAGCAAAAAUACUAGAGCAUUUCUUGACCAAAAUAUUCUCCUGGGUAAAACUUACAAGAUAAUAGGGGAUGCUCUUAGCAGUGAGCCAGCCUGCCUUGCUGAAAUCGAGGAAAAUAAGGCUAAAAGAAUAUUGGAACUUUCUGGGUCCAGUUCAGAGAAUGCAGAAAAGGUGAUCGCUGGUCUGUACCACAGAGCCUUUCAUCAUCUUUCUGAGGCUGUACGGAUAGCUGAGGAGGAGACCCAGUUUUGCACCUGGGGUCAGGGACCUGCAGCAGGAGUGAUCGAUGCUUAUAUGACAUUGGUUGAUUUCUGUGAUCAGCAACUCCGCAAGGAAGAAGACAGUGGAUCAGUUAUUGAGUCUUUAGAACUGCAGCUAUAUCCAGCCCUUGUGGUAGAGAAAUUGUUGAAAGCUUUAAAAUUCCAUUCCAAUGAAGCCAGACUCAAGUUUCCCAGGCUGCUGCAGAUUAUAGAACAGUAUCCAGAGGAGACCCUGAGCCUAAUGACAAAAGAGAUUUCCUCCAUUCCUUGCUGGCAAUUUAUUGGUUGGAUCAGCCACAUGAUGGCUUUACUGGACAAGGAGGAAGCUGUUGCCAUCCAGCACACUGUGGAAGAGAUUGUUGAUAACUAUCCACAAGCAAUUGUCUACCCAUUUAUCAUAAGCAGUGAAAGCUAUUCCUUCAGAGACACUUCUGCUGGGCAUAAGAAUAAAGCUUUUGUGGAAAGGAUUAGAAUUAAACUGGAUCAAGGAGGAGCAGUUCAAGAUUUUAUAAAUGCCUUAGAACAACUCUCUAACCCCGAAAUGCUUUUUAAGGACUGGACUCAGGAUAUCAAAGUUGAACUAUCAAAAACUCCUUUAAAUAAAAGAAACAUUGAAAAAAUGUAUGAAAGAAUGUAUGCAGCCUUGGGAGACCCAAGGGCUCCAGGCCUUGGGACUUUUAGAAAGAAGUUCAUUCAGACUUUUGGAAAAGAAUUUGAUAAACACUUUGGGAGAGGAGGUUCUAAACUACUUGGAAUGAAACUUCAUGACUUCAGUGACAUUACUAACUCACUGCUUUCAAAAAUGUUCAAAGACUCAAGGCCACCUGGGAAUCUGAAAGAAUGCUCCCCCUGGAUGAGUAAUUUCAAUGUAGAAUUCUUGAGAAAUGAGCUGGAGAUUCCUGGUCAGUAUGAUGGCAAAGGAAAGCCUCUGCCCGAAUACCAUGCACGAAUUGCUGGCUUUGAUGAGCGGGUAAAAGUAAUGACUUCUAUCAGAAAACCUAAGCGUAUCGUCAUCCGAGGCCACAAUGAGAAAGAGUACCCUUUCCUGGUGAAGGGGGGUGAAGACCUGCGGCAGGACCAGCGCAUAGAGCAGCUCUUCCAGGUCAUGAAUGUCAUCCUGUCCCAAGAUGCUGCCUGUGGCCAGAGAAAUUUGCAGUUGAAGACAUACCAUGUCAUACCCAUGACCUCCAGAUUAGGAUUAAUUGAAUGGAUUGAAAAUACCUUUACCUUGAAGGAACUUCUUUUAAAUAACAUGUCACAAGAGGAGAAAGCUGCUUACACAAGUGACCCCAAAGCUCCACCAUUUGAAUACAGAGACUGGCUGAAAAAGAUAUCUGGAGGAUGUGACGUUGGUGCUUACAUGCUAAUGUAUAAGGGAGCUAGUCGAACUGAAGCAGUCACAUCUUUUAGAAAAAGAGAAAGUAAAGUGCCACCUGAUCUCUUAAAGCGGGCCUUCCUGGCGAUGAGCACGGGCCCUGAGGCCUUCCUAGCUCUCCGCUCCCACUGUGCCAGCUCUCAUGCUCUGAUGUGCAUCAGCCACUGGAUUCUGGGCAUCGGAGACAGACAUCUGAACAAUUUCAUGGUGAACAUGGAGACAGGGGGCAUGAUCGGGAUCGACUUUGGACACGCCUUUGGAUCAGCUACGCAGUUUCUGCCAAUCCCUGAAUUGAUGCCUUUCCGUUUGACUCGCCAGUUGAUCAAUCUAAUGUUACCAAUGAAGGAAACAGGUGUUAUGUACAGUGUCAUGGUUCACGCACUGCGAGCCUUUCGCUCACAGCCCCAUCUGCUUAUUAACACCAUGGACGUGUUUGUAAAGGAACCUUCCUUCGACUGGAAAAAUUUUGAACAGAAAAUGCUAAAAAAAGGAGGAUCGUGGAUUCAAGAAAUAAAUGUAACUGAAAAAAAUUGGUAUCCCCGGCAGAAAAUACAUUAUGCUAAGAAAAAGUUAGCAGGUGCCAAUCCAGCAGUUAUCACUUGUGAUGAGUUGCUUUUGGGCCAUGAGAAGGAAUCUGCCUUUGGUCAUUAUGUGGCUGUAGCACGGGGAAGCAAAGAACACAAUAUUCGUGCCCAAGAGCCAGAGAGUGGACUUUCAGAAGAGGCUCAAGUGAAGUGCUUGAUUGACCAGGCAACAGAUCCCAACAUCUUGGGCAGAACUUGGGAAGGGUGGGAGCCCUGGAUGUGAAGUCCCUGGGAGCCAUCAGAUAAAAGGCGUGCAAGUAUUUAAAGAAUCUCCUAAAUUUUCAUCUACAGCAGUCAAUGAGCUGUUUUUCCCGAAGCACUGAAGAGUAGAAAUCUGAUAGUCUGCUAGUAUGAAUUUAAUCAAGAUUGUGAUAGAUAAAUGAAUAUUGCUAUAAAUGGUUAGGUUAUAUUCAAAGGAUAGGUUUAUGAUAAAUACCCAGGCUCAUGUAAGUCUUAAAUCAAGAAUAGAGCAUAUUGCAGUUGCUAUGACAGAUAAACCAGCUAUCUUAGUAAAUGGUGUAAGCAUGAAUAUUCUGCAUUGUGUUCUUAUUGGUAAUCAUGGUACAUUGGAAAUAACACUCAGAAAGAUUUCAAUUGAUAUUUUAAGGUGUUUUUAUAGGUUAUUACUAUUUUCUAGUUUUGACAUUUAAUAACAAAAUUGUUCUCUAAAAGAGAGAAAGUAUUUUGGAGAGAUGAAUACCUUGGUCUUACCAUUCUAGCUGCUCUGAUCCACAGCAGGAUAACAGUUCUUUACAUCCCAGACUUGGGAUAAUUUCAGAAAUUCCAAGAAGGAUGAUAGAGCUCUGAGCAAUUUGAUUCUGAGAAAAUAAAAGAAAUCUCUAUUUGAAAUAAAUCCCUUAUUUAAGAGAAUUUUCAAAGCAUGUGUUCUGUAACAGCAAGCUCAAGUUAUGAAAUACAAAAAAAGUUUCCUUCACAUUCACAGUAUCUCUGCACUUCUCUAAUCUUCCACACCUCUAUAACUGUUUUCAGGUUUGCUUUGAACUUUUUGUUACUGUCUUCUACAGACAUUUAUAUUUUGAAAUUCUUGUAUGAUUUUCAGAAAUCAUAAUCUUAAGAAUAUGGAACAUUAAAGUUUUUUUUCCCCAAAAUGGUGUGUGACUCUUUCACAGUUUCACA